UAAUCAAAUUUAAUUUAUUUUUAUUAUAUUUAAUCCUCUAAUCUACGAACUAAAAAUUCUUAUUUAUAAACCGACCAAAAGCUCAGCAGAGCAGCUGCAAUUCCGCUUUAGCUUUCUCUCGCUAACGCAGAGACAAAGGAAACGGAAAAAAGAGCGAGAGUUGAGGUUUUGAUUCUCUUCGAUCGCUUCAUUAUAAUGGCGGUGGGCCGACAUUGUUUCUCGGCCGUUCCGUUUUAGAAAAAUAAGGAAACGGUGCUCUUUUUUCUUUGUCAUUCUUUCGGAGAGAGAAAAAGAUGAGGUGGCGGAGGCGGAGGGUGGUAGUGGUGCUCCUGCGGAAGAUGCUAACGUGCGCCAUAUGCACAAUAGCGUUGGUGGGACUGCUCUCCGGCCACGUACACGUGUUUCCUUCUUCCAGAGUGUCCGACUUAUCUGAUCCUUACAAGCUCCCUACGGUCACCCAACAACAUGAAUUUAAUUACCAGAAGUUAAGUACAGAGAAAAGGUGGACGCAGGAGCUGGCUCCGCCUCAUUUAUCGAAAGAGCAGGCUCCGCCGCAUCUUUCCAGAGCUCCUAUUUCCUCUCACAAGUUGGUUGGUGCCAGUGGAAAUCUGGAUUUCGAGAAGUUGUGGAAGCCGCCUGCAAAUCGUGAUUUUGUGCCCUGCGUACAGCCUAGUUCUAAUUAUAUAGCUCCUGAUGAGUCAAGAGGUUACCUUCUAGUUCAUACAAAUGGCGGGCUCAACCAAAUGCGAGCUGGGAUGUGUGACAUGGUUGCUGUAGCCCGUAUAAUAAAUGCCACUCUUGUAGUUCCAGAACUUGAUAAGCGAUCAUUUUGGCAAGAUACUAGCAAUUUCUCUGAUGUUUUUGAUGAGGACCAUUUUAUUAAUGCUUUAGCUAAUGAUGUUAAAGUCAUAAAAAAACUUCCUAAGGAAUUGUUUUCUGCUACCAAAGUUGUUAAGCAUUUUAAAAGCUGGUCUGGUUUGGAGUACUACCAGGAUGAGAUAGCUAGCCUGUGGGAAGAAUAUCAGGUUAUUAGGGCUGCUAAAUCUGAUUCUCGCCUAGCAAAUAACAAUCUGCCUCCAGAUAUACAAAAGCUCCGUUGUCGUGCUUGCUAUGAAGCACUUCGUUUUGCACCCCAAAUUGAAGCAAUGGGGAAAUUGUUGGUGGAUCGAAUGAGGGCUUAUGGUCCUUUCAUCUCAUUGCAUUUACGAUAUGAGAAAGACAUGCUUGCCUUUAGCGGAUGCACACAUGGUUUAUCUAAUGUUGAAACUGAAGAGCUAAAGACAAUCAGAGAAAACACUGCCUAUUGGAAAAUCAAGGACAUUGAUGCCAGGGAACAGAGAUCCAAAGGAUAUUGCCCGUUAACUCCAAAAGAGGUCGGAAUUUUUCUCACUGCUUUUGGUUUCCCAUCGAACACUCCAAUAUACAUUGCUGCUGGAGAGACAUAUGGGGGUGAUACUCAUAUGGCUGAUCUACGGUCUCGUUAUCCCAUGUUAAUGAGCAAGGAAAAAUUGGCUUCUGUUGAGGAGCUUGAACCAUUCACCAAUCAUGCAUCUCAAAUGGCUGCACUUGAUUAUAUUGUAUCUGUUGAAAGUGAUGUCUUCAUUCCAUCGUACUCUGGAAACAUGGCAAGAGCAGUUGAAGGGCAUCGUCGUUUUCUGGGACAUAGGAAAACUAUUUCUCCUGACAGGAAGGGGCUCAUCCGUCUAUUUGACAAAAUUGAGAAGGGGUUAUUAGAGGAAGGCAGAAAGGUUUCAAAUCGGAUCAUUGACAUCCACAAAAAACUGCAAGGGUCCCCAAGGAGGAGAAGAGGCCCUGUCUCAGGAACAAAAGGCAUGGAUAGGUUUCGUUCUGAAGAAUCAUUUUAUGUAAAUCCAUUACCGGAUUGUUUGUGCAGAAGGGUAUCACAGACCGUAAAUGCAUCUAUUAGAAUCAGAUAGAUCAGAUGCUAUAGAGCAAUUGCUUUUAUUGAAGAUCCCCUACUUGGUUGUUUAGUGGAUAUAGCAUGCUAUCCAUCAAUUGAAGAUCUUAAAGCUAGCAAUGCCACUACAAAGAAUGGGGACGCGGAGUGUGCAUGUCUUGAGUUUCAGGAAAUUGAUUCCAAUUCAAUACUUGGACGGGUACGACAAUGGAUUUUAGGGGGUGUAUGGCCACGUAUAGAGCAUAGGAUAAAAUCGACGCCAGGAAAUUCACAUGCUCUGGGGAAGUUGUCUAAGUUUCUGCAGUGCCAUAGGCGAUUCAUUGGGUACCAAUGCUUCGAGAAAUAAUACCGUGCUCUCAUCCAUCUGUUGAUUUUUCAUUUGGGAAUUGUUUUGGCCAUGAUAGUGAAAGCAUAUUAAUUUUGUUCUCUUUUUGCAAAUGAAUUCUGACAAUUGUCAUUUGAGUGAUGAAGACGGGAGAAAUGAGCUAGCCCUGGCCCUCCGGGGUGGAAUUGUCUAUUCUCCAAACCGAAGAUCCUGAAGGAUACGGAUCUGGUCAGAGGGUAGAGCCCAAGGCGGAUACAGAUUUGUUUCUAAUUUGUGAUUUGUGUGGCUUUAGCUACUAGUAAUUGGGUCCGUGACUGGAUAGUUACUAGAAAACUCAAGAACAGGGUCCACA